AUGUCACAAUCAAGAAAGAGACAAGCUGAAAGUGAUAAUGAAGAUGAUGCUCGUUCAGGUUAUUCAUCAUCUCAAGCAACAGGGAAUUCAUCACCUCAACUUCCCCCAGUUGGAGGUUUAUUACCUUCUUCACCCGGUGCAUUACCAUUUGAUGAUGUUGAAGAUGAAAGAGAACUUGAUAUAGAUGAUUUGGAUGAAAGAAUUGAAGAUGAAGAAGACGGUAUUAAUUUAAUGGAUGACUUUGAACGUGAUUAUAGAGAAAAUCCUGAGGAAGAUCACUAUGAUUUAGGUGAUAAUAUUGAUGAUGACGUUGUCGAUAAUAACGAUCUUGGAGAUUAUAAUGAAGUUAAUAGAAGAUUGGAUAAAAGAGAUGAAUACCUUCGUCAAAACCAAGCUUAUCUCGGUGAUGAAGAUGAAGAAGCUGGUGAAUUACCAAUGAGAAGAAGAAGACGUAAUAUUUAUGAUGAAGAUCAAGAUAUGGGUGAUGAUGGUGAUAUUGAUCCUUUAAAUGAAGAAUUGAGUUUAGAAUCGUUGGCUGAUGUUAAAGCUCAAAGUUUAACUGAAUGGGUUACACAACCAAAUGUUUCAAGAACUAUUGCAAGAGAAUUAAAAUCUUUCUUAUUAGAAUACACUGAUGAAAAUGGUAAAUCUGUUUAUGGUGCAAGAAUUAGAACAUUAGGUGAAGUGAAUAGUGAAAGUUUAGAAGUUAGUUAUAAUCAUUUAAUGGAAUCAAAAGCUAUUCUGGCAAUGUUUUUAGCUUAUUGUCCUGAAGAAAUGUUGAAAAUUUUUGAUAUUGUUGCAAUGGAAGCUACAGAAUUACAUUAUCCAGAUUAUUCCCAAAUUCAUUCUGAGAUUCAUGUUAGAAUUUCAGAUUUCCCAACUUUAUCCACAUUGAGAGAAUUAAGAGAAGGUAAUUUAAAUACAUUGGUUAGGGUUUCAGGUGUUGUUACAAGAAGAACUGGUGUUUUCCCACAAUUGAAGUAUGUUAAAUUUGAUUGUAUGAAGUGUAAUUCAGUUUUGGGACCUUUUUUCCAAGACGCAAAUACUGAAGUUAAAAUAUCAUUUUGUUCAAAUUGUAAAAGUAAAGGUCCAUUUAGGAUGAAUUCAGAAAAGACUUUAUACAGAAAUUACCAAAGAAUCACAUUGCAAGAAGCACCAGGUACUGUUCCAGCUGGUAGAUUACCACGUCAUAGAGAAGUUAUUUUAUUAUGGGAUUUGGUUGAUAUUGCAAAACCAGGUGAAGAAAUUGAAGUUACAGGUGUUUAUAAAAAUUCUUUUGAUGGUAAUUUGAAUGUUAAAAAUGGAUUCCCAGUUUUCGCUACGAUCAUUGAAGCCAAUGCAGUUAGAAGAAGAGAAGGUGCUCAAAAGGCAAUGAAUGGUGAAAUGGAUCAAGGUUUAGAUAUUUUCAGUUGGACUGAAGAAGAAGAACGUGAGUUUAGAAAAUUAUCAAGAGAACGUGGUGUUAUUGAAAAAAUCAUUUCAUCAAUAGCCCCAUCUAUUUAUGGUCAUAAAGAUAUCAAAACAGCUAUUGCUGUUUCCUUAUUUGGUGGUGUUCCGAAAAAUGUUAAUGGGAAACAUUCAAUUAGAGGUGAUGUUAAUGUUUUAUUACUUGGUGAUCCAGGUACUGCAAAAUCUCAAAUUUUAAAAUAUGUUGAAAAAACUGCACAAAGAGCUGUUUUCGCUACAGGUCAAGGUGCUUCUGCUGUGGGUUUAACUGCUAGUGUUAGAAAAGAUGCUAUUACAAAAGAAUGGACCUUAGAGGGUGGUGCUUUAGUGUUGGCUGAUAAAGGUACUUGUCUUAUUGAUGAAUUCGAUAAAAUGAAUGACCAGGAUAGAACAUCUAUUCAUGAAGCUAUGGAACAACAAAGUAUUUCUAUUUCAAAAGCUGGUAUUGUUACCACUUUACAAGCAAGAUGUGCCAUUAUUGCAGCUGCUAACCCUAAUGGUGGUAAAUAUAAUUCAACAUUGCCUUUAUCUCAAAAUGUUGAUUUAACUGAACCUAUUUUGUCACGUUUUGAUAUCCUAUGUGUUGUUAAAGAUAUUGUUAAUUCAGCAUCUGAUGAAAGAUUGGCAAGAUUCGUUAUUGAUUCACAUGUUAGAUCAAAUAAAUCUAUUGAUGAUGAAGAUGAUGGUGAAGAUGAUGAAGAUAUGGAAUUGAGUGAACCGGAAUCAACUCAAGAAACUCCAUUACAUGCAAGUAGAAAACAUAAAAGAAGAAAUAAAAUCAGUCAAUUGAAUAAACAAAAAGAAAAUGAAAUUUCUCCAAUUCCUCAAGAUUUUUUGAUGAAAUAUAUUCAUUAUGCAAGAACCAAAAUUCAACCAAAAUUACAUCAAAUUGAUAAUGAUAAAAUUGCAAGAUUAUACAGUGAUUUACGUCGUGAAAGUAUAACAACAGGUUCAUUUCCAAUUACUGUUCGUCAUUUAGAAUCAGUUAUUAGAACUGCUGAAGCAUUUGCUAAAAUGAGAUUAUCAGAAUUUGUUUCACAAAGUGACGUUGAUCGUUCAAUUAAAGUUAGUAUUGAAAGUUUUGUUGGUGCUCAAAAAUUAAGUGUUCAAAAACAAUUGAAUAGAAGUUUCCAAAAGUACAACUUGGAGCGUCAAAAGUUAUGA